GAUGUGCCUCACUUGAAUCAGACCGCUUUUAUUUUUCUGCACCAGCGGCUAAGCUGAAUGAUCUAGAAGCUUGUUCAGCCUACGCACAGUUUCGUUUCUUACUCGUCCUGUCGCCAGGUAAUCACAUAUUUGUAAAAAGCGGCGUGAAACAUGUCCAGGAGACGACACAGCGACGAGAACGACGGUGGUCAGGCCCAUAAGAGGAGGCGAACAUCAGAGCCCAUUGAGAUCGAAGACCGCCUUGAGUCACUGAUAUGUCGUGUGGGAGAAAAGAGUACUUCUUCCCUGGAGAGCAACUUGGAAGGCCUCGCAGGCGUAUUAGAGGCAGAUCUUCCAAACUACAAGAGCAAAAUCUUGCGCAUUUUGUGUUCUGUUGCUCGUCUUCUGCCUGAGAAGUUGACUGUGUAUACUACGCUGGUCGGCCUCCUCAAUGCUAGAAACUACAACUUCGGUGGCGAGUUUGUCGAGGCUAUGAUCAGACAACUAAAGGAAACUUUAAAAAACAACUUGUACAAUGAAGCUGUUUAUUUGGUGCGGUUUCUGUCAGAUUUGGUGAACUGCCAUGUGAUUGCUGCGCCUUCUAUGGUGGCCAUGUUUGAAAACUUUGUCAGUGUUACUCAAGAGGAGGAUGUACCACAGGUUCGGUCAGAUUGGUUCGUGUAUGUUGUUCUGUCCUGUCUACCAUGGGUCGGUAAGGAGCUUUAUGAGAAGAAGGAUGUUGAGAUGGACCGACUCCUCAGUCAGAUUGAAGGCUACCUCAAGAGGCGAGUAAAGACUCACGUCCCGAUGCUGCAGGUGUGGACAGCUGAGAAGCCUCAUCCACAAGAGGAGUACCUGGACUGCCUUUGGGCCCAGAUUCAGAAGCUAAAGAAAGACCGCUGGCAAGAGCGUCACAUCCUUCGUCCAUACAUCGCGUUUGACAGUGUUCUUUGUGAGGCCCUGCAACACAACCUUCCCCCCUUCACUCCACCAGGCCACAUGCCGGACGCACAGUAUCCCAUGCCCCGGGUCGUGUUCCGCAUGUUUGACUACACUGAUGCCCCAGAGGGUCCUGUUAUGCCUGGUAGCCAUUCUGUGGAGAGAUUCGUCAUAGAAGAAAACUUGCACUGUAUCAUCAAGACUCACUGGAAAGAGAGGAAAACAUGUGCUGCCCAGUUACUCAGCUACCCAGGGAAAAACAAGAUUCCACUCAACUACCACAUCGUGGAGGUGAUCUUCGGAGAACUUUUUCAGCUGCCCUCACCUCCUCAGAUUGACGUCAUGUACACUGCUCUGCUCAUCGAACUCUGCAAACUGCAGCCAGGAUCGCUGCCUCAAGUUUUGGCUCAAGCCACAGAGAUGCUUUACAUGAGGCUGGACACUAUGAACACCGCCUGUAUAGACAGACUAAUAAACUGGUUUUCUCAUCACUUGAGCAACUUCCAGUUCCGAUGGAGCUGGGAUGACUGGUCCGACUGCUUGACUGUGGAUCUUGAUAAACCCAAACCCAAGUUUGUCAAAGAAGUUCUGGAGAAGUCUAUGAGACUGUCGUACCAUCAGCGGAUUGUGGACAUCGUGCCCUCUACCUUCUCUGCCCUAAUCCCUGCUGAACCCAUCUUCAUUUACAAAUAUGCAGAUGAGAGUGCUUCCUCGCUACCGGGCUACCCAGUCUCCAUCACUGUUAUAAACGCCAUCAAGAACCGAGCGUCCAACGAGGAGAUCCUGACCAUCCUCAAAGAAGUACCCAACCCCAACCAGGACGAUGAUGAUGAUGAAGGCGAGGCCUUCAACCCUCUGAAGAUUGAUGUGUUCCUGCACAGUCUUCUCCAUCUUGCUGCCAAAUCCUUCAGCCACUCCUUCAGUGCUCUUGGCAAGUUUCAUGAAAUCCUGAAGACCCUGACUGAAAGUGAUGAGGGGAAGCUGCACAUUCUCAAAGUGGUUUACGAAGCGUGGCGGAACCAUCCGCAGAUGACAGCUGUGUUGGUGGACAAAAUGAUUCGGACCCAGAUCGUGGACUGUGCUGCUGUGGCCAACUGGCUUUUCUCUCAGGACAUGGCUCACGAGUUCACAAGACUUUACAUCUGGGAGAUCCUGCACUCAACCAUCCGAAAGAUGAACAAACAUGUCCAGAAGAUCCAGAAGGAGCUGGAGGAGGCAAAGGACAAGCUGGAAAAACAGCAGCAUAAAAGGAGAGACAGUGGUGAAGAUGAAGACAUGGAGAAGAACAGCGAGGACGAGGAGGGUCAGCUGGAGGAGCAGAUCGAGAGGCUACAGGAGAAAGUGGAGUCGGCUCAGAGCGAACAGAAGAACUUGUUCCUCGUCAUUUUCCAGCGUUUCAUCAUGUUGUUGACGGAGCAUCUGGUUCGUUGUGAGACUGGCAGCGUCGACAUCAGCACACCCUGGUACAAGAACUGCAUCGAGCGGCUGCAGCAGAUCUUCCUCAUGCACCAUGUGACCAUCCAGCAAUACAUGGGAACCCUGGAGAACCUGCUAUUCACGGCUGAGCUCGAUCACCACAUUUUGGCUGUUUACCAGCAGUUCUGUGCCCUGCAGCUCUGAGACACACACAACCUGAAUAAAAGGUGUUCACACAGCACUUGUGCUAAAGCUACACAUGAGGAAGUACCAGCUCUUGCAUCAAGAAUCUCUUUGUUUCAUGUUCGGUGCCAUUCAGAGUGUUAGAGAUAUGCAGCCACAACCUUUCAAAGCAGGAAUUUGAGUCAAUAAUUUGCUGUAGGUCACUUUUUGUUGUUUUGUGUUUACUUUUAGAUUUUUGUUUUUAAAUCCUGCUUGUAUUCCUUUGAAAGGGUCUUUUUAAAACUGUAUGAACUGUCUGAGUCCAGACGGUGCCAGAGCAAUGAUCAUAGAAACGGAAAGUUCAGACCUACUGACCAUGAAUCUAGAGAGUGCUCUACUUUUUUAUAUUUGUUUUAUGUGAAUUGGAAAAAGAUUAAAACUCCAGAAUCUUUA